GACCACCGGUGGGCGCGGGGCUGCGGGAGGAGAGGAGUGGACCAUGACGAACGACGCGCGCACCCAUCCCAGCGUCGCGACGCGCGGGCGGGCGGCCGCCGCGCACGACCGCUACCACGGCCCUGACGCGGGAUGCUCCCGCACCCGAGCAGCCUGCGGCCGCCAGCAGUCAGCGCUGGACUGAUGAUUAGAGCGCGUGCGCUGUAUAAAGCUCCGCUUCCCCCGGGGCAGGCGGCCUCGGUCUGCCCCUAGUUUCUAUCGCGUGGUGCGGCCCGGGAUUCCCUCGUGCUCCCCUGUCCCCCUCUCCUCCUCCCCGAGGGGAGGACCCCGCAGAUCCCAUCGAAAUUCCCGACCGCAUCCAGGCUCCUCCGCCCGCCGCUGGCGACGACCGAAUUCCUCCCUGUUCUCAUUUCUCCCUACCCUACAUGAUGUAUAGAUAAUCUGAGCAGUGCUAGGCUUUAGCCCUGUUUGGAAUUUUCAAAUUGUGCUAAGGAUUCAGUUCUAGUCAUUAAAGAUGAAUGGUUCAAGUGGUUUCCAAGGGCAUCAUGUUAGUAGAGAGAAGGAGGUGCAUCAUGUUAGCCGACCCAUUCUGAACAAUGGACCAAAGCAUCGUCCAUUGACCCCUAUGAGACGAUGCCGUGGUGUAGCAUGUGUAGCGAUAAUACUGUCAACAGCAUUCCUAUUGAUUGUUUACUUAGCCCCUAUAACUACUUUCAUUGUGCGUCUGUUCAGUGUGCAUUACAGCCGAAAGGCGACUUCCUUUCUGUUUGGAAUUUGGUUAUCUUUAUGGCCAUUCUUGUUUGAGAAGAUCAACAAAACCAAGGUGGUUUUCUCUGGUGAAAAUGUGCCUCCAAAAAGGCGUGUGUUGUUAUUUGCCAACCACAGGACCGAGGUUGACUGGAUGUACUUGUGGGAUCUUGCAUUGAGGAAAGGGCAUCUAGGAUAUAUCAAGUACAUCCUUAAGAGCAGCUUGAUGAAAUUGCCAAUUUUUAGCUGGGCAUUUCACAUUUUUGAGUUUAUCCCAGUAGAACGGAAAUGGGAGAUUGAUGAAGCAGUUAUCCAAAACAAACUAUCAAAAUUUAAGAACUGCAGAGAUCCUAUCUGGUUGGCGGUUUUUCCUGAAGGCACAGAUUAUACUGAGAAUAAAUGCAUCAAGAGUCAAGAGUAUGCUUCAGAGCAUGGUUUGCCGAAACUAGAAAAUGUACUUCUUCCAAAGACCAAGGGGUUCUUUUGUUGUUUGCAACAGUUGAGGAGUUCCUUAGAUGCAGUUUAUGAUGUCACAAUCGCAUACAAGCAUCGACUGCCGGAUUUUCUGGACAACUUGUAUGGUGUGGAUCCUUCUGAAGUCCACAUCCACAUCAGAACUGUUCAGCUCUGUGACAUCCCCACAUCAGAAGAUGAAGUAACCGAAUGGAUGAUAGAGAGGUUCAGGCAGAAGGACCAACUCCUGUCAGAUUUUUUCGUGAAGGGCCACUUUCCCGACGAAGGAACUGAAGGAGAUUUAUCCACACCCAAGUGCCUGGCAAAUUUUUUCGCAAUAAUUGGCUUGACAGGCAUCUGCGUGUACCUGACACUUUUUUCAUCUGUGUGGUUCAAGGUCUACGUCGUAGCAAGCUGCGCUUACCUCUCGUUUGUUACCUAUUACUCCAUACAACCACCCCAACUGAUAGGUUCAUCCGAGGGUGAUAUCCGUGCCAAAAAGGCUUUGUAGAAGUUGCUGACUUGCUGUAACUUGCAACUGGAAACCGUAUACCUGCAAAAGAUGUAUACUGCUGGAAUUCUUGGCUUGCGCCAUCUUAAUGUUCCUUUCCUGUAAUAUGAGCUAUGAUAUAUACGCAUGGACAAACUGUCUUCCGGUUUGUCAGUGGAGGAGAGCUCUUAUCUGAA